AUGUCCAAGGUGCUCCCCAUCCUCGGACUCCCCGUCCUCCUCGCCGCCGUCGGCUACCAGUUCCUCACGGGCCCCGGCCACUUCGUCCACGACACGCUCGGCGUCGGCCGCGUCGUCGAGUCGGUCAACAACCAGCGAUGCCACCAGAUCCCGGAGCUCCAGGCGUGCGAAGACAUGUGGCUCCACCAGGAGACCGGCCUUCUUUACAUGACCUGCGGCGAGCCCCUCAAGCGCCAAAAGUGGCUUCCCGCCGUCGGUCACCUCGACCACCUCAACAAACCCGACGACGAGUACCUCGCCAUCCUCGACACCCGCGCCUCCGGACCCGUCGCCUCGCGCAUCACCAGGGUCAAGCCCCGCGGCUUCAAGGGCACCUUUAACCUCCACGGAUUCGACAUCUGGGAGACGCCCUCGGCCUCGUCCGAGGUCAAGAGCACCUUCAACAUCUUCCUCGUCAACCACCGCGCCCCCUUCGACCCCGACACGGGAGAGCCCCAGCAGGCCGACUUUGUCGGCGCAAACUCGACCGUCGAGCUCUUUGAGUCGGCCGCCGGCGAGGGCUCCAUGCGCCACGUGCGCACCUACGCCCACAAGCAGAUCCGCACGCCCAACCGCCCCGCCGCCGCCGGUCCUGACUCGUUCGUCUACAGCAACGAUCACACCCGCAAGACGGGCCUUUCGCGCGAGUUUGACCUCCUCAUCCCGAGCGACAUCUCCUACUGCGACCCAACCGAGUGCCACAAGCUCGAGCGCAUCGCCAUGCCCAACGGAGUCGUGCGCAGCCGCACCAAGCCCAACCAGUUCUUUGUCGCCUCGUCGUCCGACCCCUACGUCCGCCUGUACGAGCUGCAGGCCGACAAGACGACGGUGCUCCUCGACAAGAUCUACACCGGCUACCCCGCCGACAACCUCUCGACCGACGCAGAGGGCAACGUCUACGUCGCCGUCUUCCCAAAGGCGCUCCCCAUCCUCGGCAAGUACUUCAAGGACCCGCUCAACUCGGUCAUCCCCUCGGCCAUCCUCAAGAUCAGCCCCAACACCGACCAGGACCGCUUCUACGGCAAAAAGUUCAAGGUCACCAAGCUGUUCGAGGACUCGGGCGAGAUCUUCACCGGCGCCACCGUCGGCGUCGUCGACAGCCAGAACAAGAAGCUCUUCAUUGGAGGUGUCCUGUCGCCCUACAUUGUCGAGUGCCAGCUGUGA